CCACGGCCUCAGAAGAACCCAAAUCACUCAUGGGAUGGAGUACAAUGUUGUUGCAUAGGAAGUUUGCUCACAGCAAGCUCCCCCCCCAAAGCAAAUGUGACAACGACGAGGGGCCAAGUUCGAAACAUGGCAACCCUGAAGGACAUUACCAGGCGCUUGAAGUCCAUCAAAAAUAUCCAAAAGAUUACCCAAUCCAUGAAAAUGGUGGCUGCAGCAAAAUAUGCUAGAGCAGAGAGAGAACUGAAACCAGCAAGAGUUUAUGGAACAGGAGCUCUUGCUCUGUAUGAAAAAGCAGAAAUUCAAGCACCUGAAGACCAAGCCAGACACUUGAUCAUUGGGGUGUCUUCUGAUCGUGGUCUUUGUGGUGGUAUCCACAGUAAUGUUGCUAAGAACAUGAGAAAUCAGAUAGAGGAGUUGACUGCUGCAGGGAAAGAGGUUAAGAUUGUUCCCAUUGGUGAGAAGCUGAGAGCACUGCUAUACAGAAAACAUGGAAGUCGAAUGCUGGUGAUGUUCAAGGAAAUGGGCCGGAAACCACCAACAUUUGGUGAUGCUUCAGUUAUUGCGUCUGAGCUCUUGAACUCUGGCUUUGAGUUUGAUAAAGGUUCUAUUGUAUUCAACAGGUUUAGGUCUGUGAUUUCUUACAAGACUGAGGAGAAGCCAGUCUUCUCUUUUGAGACUCUUACAAAUGCUGAGAACAUUAGUGUUUACGAUGAUAUUGAUGCAGAUGUUCUGCGAAACUAUCAGGAAUUCUCUCUAGCAAACAUCAUCUACUUAAGCUUAAAGGAAUCCAGUACAAGCGAGCAGAGUGCUAGGAUGACUGCUAUGGAUAGUGCCAGCAAGAAUGCCUCGGAAAUUAUUGACAAGCUGACUUUGACAUUCAAUCGCACUCGCCAAGCUGUCAUUACCAAGGAGCUUAUUGAGAUUAUCUCCGGUGCUGCUGCUCUGAGUUUUUAAGUUUACUGCAGUACUUUUGGACCAUGAGAUAAACAUGGGCCUCUAGAAGCCGCCAGUGGCAAUGUGAAAAUGUUUGAUGAUGCUGAUGGACAAUAUUUCUGGCAAAUUCAUGGAAAUCUUCUGAAGUUUGUAAAUUAUAACAAUAAAAAACCUUACACAGUAAA